GAGGCUCAUCCCGGGUAGCGUUUGUGCGGUCUCGCCCGCGCCGCGGAGAGCAUACCGGUGUGACUGACUAGCCCUCUGAGGGUGCGGGGACUCACUGUCUCCAUUCAGCACCCCCUGGUUGGCGGCCUGGAACCGCGUCUGCCCGACGCCGCGCCCCUCUUCCCUCUUCCGAAGCUUCCCCUCCCGGCGGGCCGGCGGCGGGCCGGCCCUUCCCGGGCGGCGCUGCUGCCACCGACCGCCUCAGAGACAGAUGUUGGAGAUUAGAAGCAAAAUAAAUGUCAGUGGAAAAGGAGAACUACCAUCACUAAGGGUUGAACACAGAGUGAAAUCAUUUUCAGAGGUAAAAGACUGUUAAGAAUACAAGAUGGGGACUCCUGGUUCUGGAAGGAAAAGAACACCCAUGAAAGAUCGAUUUUCUGCAGAAGAUGAAGCUUUGAGUAACAUUGCCAGAGAGGCGGAGGCAAGGCUAGCAGCAAAACGGGCUGCCCGAGCAGAAGCAAGAGAUAUACGUAUGAGAGAACUGGAACGACAACAAAAAGAGACCUCUCAUCCUUCCUUUGACCGGAAAUGGGGGCAGAUUCAGAAGUGGCUGGAAGAAUCGGAAAGGGCCAGGUAUUCCCACCGGUCUAGUCAUCAUCGUCCUUAUCUGGGAGUUCAGGAUACAUUGUCGAUUCGAAGUCUUGGCAGCCACUGGUAUGAUAAUCUCAAGGAUAGAUCAAGAGUUUCAUCAUUUAAUCAUUCCUCUUACAGUUCCUCUUAUGGGAAGAAGAGAUAUUCUGGUUCACCUAAAGACCCAUUGAGUGGCCUCUACUAUGACCAGAGAAACUAUAGCAGUCUUAAACAUAGUAAACCUACCUCUACCUACUUCACUCGGCAAUCUUCUUCCUUGUAUAGUGAUCCUUUGGCGACAUCUAAGAGUAACAGGGCUUCCCCAACUACAAAUUCUGGUCUGCUGAGAAGUACCAGUCUGGCGUCAUUGUAUGAUGGUGGAUUAUAUAAACCUUAUGGUUCUCGAACUCCAUCUGAAUACAGUUAUUAUUCAUCAAGAACAAGUUCAGCACGAAGCAGUCCCGUGUUUAUCGACGAUGACACUGAAAGCAUUGUGUCUUCAGAUCGUGCCAGCCAUGGGCGAAGGGAGAGUGUGGUUUCUGCUGCUGACUAUUUUAGUCGUUCGAAUCGUAGGGGGAGUGUUGUCUCUGAGGUGGAUGAUGCCAGUAUCCCAGACUUGACCAGUUUGGAUGAAAAAUCUGACAAACAGUAUGCUGAAAAUUACACAAGGCCAUCAUCUCGAAAUUCUGCCUCAGCAACAACCCCGCUAAGUGGAAAUUCAUCCAGACGAGGAAGUGGGGACACCAGCAGCUUAAUAGACCCAGACACCUCAUUAAGUGAAUUGAGGGAUAUCUAUGACCUGAAGGACCAGAUACAGGAUGUAGAAGGGAGAUACAUGCAGGGGCUUAAAGAAUUAAAGGAGUCCUUGUCUGAAGUGGAAGAGAAAUACAAGAAAGCCAUGGUUUCUAAUGCACAGUUGGACAAUGAAAAGAACAAUCUGAUCUACCAGGUAGACACCCUCAAGGAUGUUAUUGAAGAACAAGAGGAACAGAUGGCAGAAUUUUAUAGAGAAAAUGAGGAAAAAUCAAAGGAGUUGGAAAGGCAGAAACACAUGUGUAGUGUGCUGCAGCACAAGAUGGAUGAACUUAAAGAAGGCCUUCGGCAAAGAGACGAACUUAUUGAGGAGAAUCAGCAUAUGCAGCAGAAAAUAGACACCAUGACAAAAGAGGUGUUUGACCUCCAGGAGACACUUCUUUGGAAAGAUAAAAAAAUUGGGGCCCUAGAGAAACAGAGAGAACAUAUUGCCUGCCUUAGGAAUGAGCGAGAUGUGCUUAGAGAGGAGCUUGCUGACUUGCAGAAGACAGCGAACACAACAGAGAAACAUGGCUUAGUUAUAAUCCCUGAUGGUACUCCCAAUGGUGAUGUUAAUCAUGAACCCAUGGUUGGAGCCAUUGCUGUUGUGUCUCAGGAAGCUGCUCAGGUCUUGGAAUCAGCAGGAGAAGGACCACUAGAUGUAAGGCUACGAAAACUUGCUGGAGAAAAGGAAGAGUUACUAUCGCAGAUUAGAAAACUGAAGCUACAGUUAGAGGAAGAACGGCAAAAAUGCUCCAGGAAUGAUGGCAUAGCUGGUGACUUGGUAGGACUGCAGAACGGUUCAGACUUGCAGUUUAUCGAGAUGCAGAGAGAUGCUAAUAGACAAAUUAGUGAGUACAAAUUUAAGCUUUCAAAAGCAGAACAGGACAUAACCACGUUGGAACAAAGUAUUAACCGUCUUGAAGGCCAGGUGCUAAGAUAUAAAACUGCUGCUGAGAAUGCUGAGAAAGUUGAAGAUGAGCUCAAAGCAGAAAAGAGGAAGCUACAACGAGAGUUACGAACAGCACUGGACAAGAUUGAGGAGAUGGAGAUGACUAAUAGCCAUCUGGCCAAGAGGCUGGAGAAGAUGAAGGCCAACAGGACAGCACUUCUGGCCCAGCAGUAGAGAAGCUACUCUUCAAACUGGGUGUUGCUCUGAGAGCUCUGCCCAGAAGGACUUUUUGUAUAUUGACACAAACCCCUUUCAGUACUGUUUUGAGUCAUUAUUAAAACAGCCACCUGUAUUUUAUAAUUUAUGAGAGUGAAGCAGGUUUGAAUCUUCAUGAAUUAUUACUCUGGAUUUUGUUUAUAGCUUGAUUCUAGACUCAAAUUGUUUGUGCUGUUUUUAUUUCCAUAAUUUCUGAAAAUCAAGUAUAGUCAUCAUUUUUCCCCAGCUGCCUCAGACUGAACACUGUAGGACAGCGAUUCUGAGCUCACUGACACUUGCUGGAGUUAUCACAAAACACAAGUGCCUUCUCCACAGUACAGUUCAGACUUCAGGAUCUCGAGUAGGCAAAAGAUAUUUACUCUUCCUAUCAGAUAGCAUUUAUAUUUUAGUGAGGAAGUAAGUUCACAGGUUGGGAGUCUGUAUUUCAAUGUUUGGAGGAAAAAGCCUUUGUAAAAUAUUUAAAUUUAUAUGAGAAAAUGAUAGGAAAAAUGGGGAGUGUAUAUAAAACUUGCUUUAUUGCAUGGGGCAAGGGGAGUAUAAGGCCUGUAUUCUUAAAGAAUAGGGUCUUUAUUCUUCCAAAUCAACUGUGCUGUACCUUGUAAAGUAUUUUCAUCUGCUGCUUAUUGGUGGAAUGAAGUUUCAAACAAAUCCAAAAUGGGGAGGGAGGGCAGAGCAAGCAGGAGGGGAAUCUGCCAAAGAUUCUAUUAAAUACAACCUUCUGCCCAAACAACUGGCUACUGACAUGUUCAUUUUGAUACAGAACAAACUGUGGUCACCAUAUCCAUCUUGCUUUUUUUUUUUUUUUUCUCCUUUUUUCUCCUCCAGGACAAAUAAUCUGGAAUACAGAUUUCUUAAGUCUGAUUUUCAUCACUAAAGUUCAAGUUGCUUAAAAUCAAGUGUAGCUACUUUGCAGCAGUUGGGACUCUUGUCAGAAUUGAUCCUGUAGAAAUGGAAAUGAUUACACUAGCUUCAAAGUGUUCAUGCAGAAAAUAUACUGGGAAAAAAUCUAAUGAAUAAAGGCCAUAUAUACUUGAAACUAGAUAAUAAAGUUAACCAAGAAGUGAAUAAAAUCUCUAAUAGUUGUUCCCUU